AUGGAUUCUCACAUCGGUGAUAAAGGAGGGAUGGCGAAAAGUGAUAUCAGACAUUCAACGUUCAGGGGAAUCUUGGAUGAAAAGAAAGAAGAUGAAAGUGUACAAAGGAGUGAAACGAUGAAGGCAAAGAACAAAAGGAAAUACUUUAACUGGCAAUGUUUGUCCACAAGUCAUCAUCAUGAAAAGGAUUGGUAA